AUGAAUAACUCGCAAUUCAGACGGCUACUAGUCGAAACACCAAAAUCCCAGGAUGAUGGAAAGGGCAAAUCCCCUGCGGCUGGAACGCCGAGGGCGGUGCUCGGCGCGCGCAAGCACUCUAGCAUACCAAUGACACCUCGCCAAGUAGGCAAGGGAUCAGUCCAGUCAGACUUUGCGCGCCAACUUGCCGAACGCAACGCGAAGAACAACCCGCAGAAGAAGGCUAGAAACAUAGUACCCAAAGGGACGAAGCUCGCUGCAGGCUAUACCGACCGUACGAAGGCAUACACCGAUGAGGAAGACAAUGAGAUUGCGAAACGUGUCAAGAACCUCGAGGAGUCUAUGAAGAAGGGCGAGAUCGAUCGUGAGACGUUUGAGAAGCUUGUGCAAGAGAUUACAGGCGGUGAUGUUGGCACUACACAUUUGGUAAAAGGCCUUGAUAGGAAGCUACUUGAGAGAGUAAGGCGAGGUGAGGAUGUUCUAGGUGGUCAAGACAAGAAGGAAGAAAACGUAGAAGAGGAAGAAGCAGAAGAGGUACCGGAAGUGGAGGACGCGUUCGAUGAGUUGGCAGAAGCAGAUAUCGGGCCCAUCACGCGCGAGAAAGUUGAGAAGAAAGGCGAGAAGAUGACAUCACCACGUCCUAUCGCUGGCGUCAAGAGGAGCCGAAAUGAUAUCCUAAAGGACCUCAAGAGACAACGAGAAGAAGCUGCCGCCGCCGCAGCGGCUGAGCACGAGAAAAGGUUUCCUACCUUGGGACCAGGUUUUCGCAAGAUAAAUGCACAAGGCGAGACACAUCGCGUCGAGACGGACGAGAAAGGUCGUGAGGUGUUAAUCAUCACCGGUCCAGAUGGCAAGGAGAAGAGGAAGGUCAAGAAGCAGAAGGUUGAGGAACCAGCACCUGAAGUACGUCACGAUUUAGACGACGCGAGCAAACCGAUCAACAUGCACAAUCUCCCUGCAGCAAAGAAGGAAGAGUCAGAAGACGAGGACAUAUUCGAAGGCGUAGGGUCGAACUAUAACCCACUCGCAAACUUCGACGACUCGGACGACGAAUCAGACGAAGAGGCAGCGAAGCCAGAGCCUACUGUACCCAAGGUCGAUACUACAGCGGAAUCACACUCAGAAGGCGAGGUAUCUUCUCCAUCCGCAGAGGAAAACGCGCCAGCGAAACCCAAAGAUAACACACCCGCCGCGCCCGUCAAACGAGAUUACUUCACCUCAACAACGCGCAGUACCUCCACCACAAAAGAGCCCUCCGAUCUCUCCGCUGCCGACGCCACCGUCCGUGCCGCCCUCGCCAAAGUACGCAAUCUCGACGAAAACUCUACUCUACUACAAAACCUGGGAUCAUCAGACCCCAACGAUCCAGCGUCGAAAGAGGCCCGUCUCAAGAAGCGCGCUGCCGAGCUGGCGGCGUCGGAUCGCGACAUGGAAGACAUGGACAUGGGUUUCGGUGCGUCGCGAUUCGACGAUGCCGAGGAGAUGGAGAGGGAAGGUGAGAAGGUCAAGUUUAGUCAGUGGAAGGGACUGGGCGCUGAAGGCGAGGACGAAGAUGGUAAAGGGGGUGGGAAAGAAAAGAAGGAGAAGAGGAAGAGGGGAGGAAAGAAGAGGAAGGGGGAUAAGAAUAAUGCAGAUGACGUUCUUAAUGUCAUGGAGAGACAGAAGGAGAAGAAGACGAAGACGCUUGGCUGA